UGGGGGAUGUAUAGGGUAUUGAACUGAUGUAGGAAGUCUCUGGAAGAUAGUCACUGAGCCAUGAGGCCUGAACUGCUUCCCUGGCAUGGGGGUGAAGAGGAGCCUUCAGACUGGAGGCAGUUUGCUUAAUCUCUUGACCAGCGUCCUCACAGUACUGUCCACGGCUACCAACUACUGGAUCCGACAUCCUGGGGGCCACAGUGGCCUGUGGCAGGAGUGUGCCCACGGCGUCUGCUCCAACAUUCCCUGCCAGAACACCCUGGCGAUGACCUCAGCAUGCAUGGUGUUGGCAGCGACCUUCAGUAUCAUAUCUUUGGGGAUGGGGAUGAGGAUUUGGUACCAAGAGGGCGAGUCACUGCGUAGCCAGAAUACCAUUGUCUUACUUUUUCUCAGUGGGCUGCUGCUGAUGAUUGCUUUGGCCGGAUACACUGCAAAGAAUGCCUGGAAGAAAGAAGUCUUCUUCUCCUGGUCCUACUUUUUCGGAUGGCUGGCUUUACCCUUCUCAUUUCUUGCGGGUAACCAGAACAGGGAAAAGGGUGGAGAUUACCCCUCUAGAGGACUGCCCGCCCCAGAAACUUCCCAGUCACCUGUUCUCCCAGAAAAGCCCACAUGACUUCCAGGGACUCCCCAACACCUGCACUGCAGACUCCAACACACCCGGUUGAGACACCCUUGGAGACCCCAUCCCUAGUCCUCAGGCAGGCCUUGUCAUCCGCCCCAGGGCCCACCGGCUCUGCACCCCCCUCCUGCCAGGCUUCUGCUUUCUGCUGGCGGACAUGAUCAUGCAGAGCACCGAAGCCAUCAGCGGGUUCCCAGUGUGCCUGUGAAUGCGGCCUGACUGGGGCAGAAUAAAGGAAUGGCUUUUA